GGCGCGGACGCGCAGGGGGAGGAGGAAGAAGAGCGCGUCGCCGGCUGCCGUUUAGCUUCCUUUCCUGCCACAGCAGAAAAAAGGGGGGUGGACAAGGCGCGCGAGAGAGGGGAGCGACAGGCUGCGCCGUUCGCAGAAGCGCCGGGUCUCCACCACCAUCGGGCUGCCAAGACUGAGAGAGCGACCAGAAACAAGAGGAGGAGGAAGAAGACGAAGAAGAAGAGAGGGAGGCAAAGGGAUGAAGGGGAGGCGUAACGCAUCCGAGCAGCCGGCGACAGUGGGCCUGAGCUGAUCCGAGCCUGAAGGGUCGCGCUUCCCUGUAACCAUCGGUAAGGAAAAGAAGCCUCUCUCUUUUUGGAAACGUUCUCUCCUCCGCCCCCGCUGACCACAUUUCCCUGACACAAUGAACGCCGUGUUGUAGGAGGAAGAAGGAGAAGCGUGCAUUAGCUACCCCCCCUCCCCUCCAUCCCUUGUUUCUCGCGAUGUGAAUCCGCUGCCGCAGCUCGUCUGGGAAGAGGCAGCUCGGAGGGGGAAUCGGAGGAAGGGUGGGCGCGUGGAAAGAGGACCAAACGUGGGGCUAUGUGGUGUCCAGGACACCCGAAGAUUUGCUGAACCAUGAUGAAGACUGAGCCCCAGAAUAGUCCUGGUGGCAGUAGCAGCAGCAGUGGCAGCGGUGGCGGCGGCAACAACGGCGGUGGAGGAGGGAGCCUACGGAGUGCCUCGCCUCACCGGAACGCCUACGAAGCUGGCAUCCAGGCCUUGAAAGCCACCAAGGAUGCCCUUGGCAACGCCGAGAGCGAGGAGGCCAAGAAAGCCCGGAACAAGAAGUAUGGCUCCAACGUCCACCGGAUCAAGAACAUGUUCCUGCAGAUGGGGACGGCGGGCCCCGCCGGGGAGGGCGCCAUGGACCUGGCCAAGAUGAAGGAGAAGCCCGUGCGGCUGUCCUUGCCCCGGGCCAGCAGCCUGAAUGAAAACGUGGACCACAGCGCCCUUCUGAAGCUGGGCACCAGCGUGUCCGAGAGGGUGAGCCGCUUCGACUCCAAGACGGACAAACCGCUCUCCAAGCUGCAGGAGACGAGGAAGAUCUUUGAGAGGAGCCUGCAGGAGAAGGAGACCAGCAACAAGCUUCUGCUGAGGAAGGAGAGGGCCGGGUUCCAGGACAGGAAGCUGGACGUGGUGGUGAGGUUCAAUGGCAGCACGGAGUCCUUGGACAAGCUGGACACUGAGGCCGUGUCGCCCACCGUCAGCCAGCUCAGUGCUGUCUUUGAGAAGGCUGACUUGAGGAACAACCUCCACAAGGCCCCUGGGAAAGUCGGGCCCCUCAACUCCAAGAUCGUCCCCAAGAGGCCCAGGGUUUUCCUUCAGGCCCCAGAAGGGGCCAAAGCAGAAGGGAGAAGUAGUAGUAGUAGUAGCGACAGGCCUACUGCUCUCCAGGCAAGAGGCAGGCUGCCUGAGGCUGACAAGAGCCAGGCCAAACUUCCCGCUGGCGGGGGGGCAACGGCGAAGCCGGGGGAUGGCAACACGGGAGGUCUGCGUCCCCAGAAGGUCCAGGAGGUACGCAAGAUCAAGCCCGUGGAAGUGGAGGAGAGCGGGGACUCAGAGCAGGAGUUUGAGGCGGCUGAGGUGGCCGUGGCGGCGGCAAUUGCCGAAGAGCGCAGCAAGGCCGCUUCCAAGGGGCUUGGCGAGGCGAACCGGGCAGAGGUGAUCCAGGCCGAGGUCACGGUGCACGCCGCCUUGGAGAACGGCCAGCCGGGUGGCGAGAGGCACCUGGAGACGCCAGACCCUCUGGCGGACGCUUUUGGCGAGGAAGGGGCCAAGGCAGAAGGGCCGGAGGAGAAUGACUUGUGCGACGAGUCGAAGAGAGAGGACUUCUCCGAGGCUGACCUGGUGGACAUCAGUGCCUACAGUGGGCUGGGGGAGGAUUCAGGAGGGAGCGGGCUGGAUGAAGACGAAGACGCCGAUGGACUGUACGCACCGGAAUCCAGCUGCAUGGAGAUCGCUGGGCUGUCGGAAGAGGAGGAGGCCGCCCCCAACCGCAAGAUCCAUUUCAGCACUGCUCCCAUUCAGGUUUUUAGCACCUAUUCCAACGAGGAAUAUGACCGGCGGAACGAAGAUGUCGAUCCCAUGGCUGCCUCGGCAGAGUAUGAACUCGAGAAGCGGGUGGAGAGGCUAGACCUCUUUCCCGUGGAACUAGAUAAAGAUUCUGAGGGGCUCGGAAUCAGCAUCAUUGGGAUGGGAGCCGGUGCUGAUAUGGGCCUAGAAAAACUUGGCAUCUUUGUCAAGACGGUGACAGAAGGAGGAGCAGCUCACCGAGAUGGCAGGAUCCAGGUAAACGACCUUAUCGUCGAGGUGGAUGGCACCAGUCUGGUGGGUGUGACCCAAAGCUUUGCUGCCUCCGUGCUGAGGAAUACCAAGGGUAGAGUCCGGUUCCUGAUUGGGAGAGAGAAGCCGGGCGAGCAAAGCGAGGUGGCUCAACUCAUCCAACAGACGUUGGAGCAGGAACGAUGGCAGCGGGAAAUGAUGGAGCAGAGGUAUACCCAGUACACGGAGGAGGACGAAGAAACGGGUGAAUACGCCACAGACGAAGACGAAGAGAUGAGUCCCAUGUUCCCCAGCAGCGAGAUGGCCAUUGAGGUCUUUGAGCUGGCUGAAAACGAAGACAUGCUGUCUCCAGUUGAGAUGGACCCCGAAAAGCUGGUGCAUAAAUUUAAGGAGCUGCAGAUCAAGCAUGCCGUGACCGAGGCUGAAAUACAGCAGCUGAAAAGAAAGCUGCAGUCCAUCGAGCAAGAGAAAUCCCGCUGGCGCCUCGAGAAAGCCCAGCUGGAACAGAGCGUGGAGGAGAACAAGGAACGGAUGGAGAAGCUGGAGGGAUACUGGAUGGAAGCCCAGAACUUGUGCCAGGCUGUGGACGAGCACUUGAAAGAGACCCAAGCCCAGUACCAGACUCUGGAGAGGAAGUACAGCAAAGCUAAGAGGCUCAUCAAGGAGUAUCAGCAGAAAGAGAUCGAGUUCCUGAAGAAGGAGACAGCUCAGCGCCGCAUCCAGGAGGAGUCUGAGCUGGCCCACAAGGAGGAAGUGGACAAAUUGCAGGAGAAGAUCUCUGAACUGGAGGCGAAGCUGCAGACUUUGAAAAAUUCCAACCCGACUUAAAAAAAGAGAGAG